GCGGACUUUAGGGUCGGGAUUAAGGCAGUUAUGAACAACCGGCCAUUUUUCGCAAAAUUUUUGUCCAUAUGCAGGCUAGGUAAAGGAAUAGCGAUAGAGGAAGAAAUCGAGGAUCAGCAGAGCAAAGGGAGUCAGGGUACGAAUGAGGAUGGAGAACGAAACGAGGGAUCGGCGAGGGAUCGAGAGUCAGCCAAACUAGAGGGAACCCGAGAAGACGGGAAGGACCUCUCAACAGGAGAAAGCUCGCGGAAAGCUGGGGGUAGCAAAAUGGGACCUCAGGAAAACAGGGAGGGAGGGAACGAUACGAGAACAAGCCCUCGGAACUUAGCAGGAACCACCCCUAAAAAGACGAAAGUCACGGAUAUUCGUCGUAAACUGGUCGAGAUAAAAAAGCGCACUGCAGAGUUUAAGGCAAAGCUUAUUGAGCAGAUAAUGGUCGGGGAUGAGGGGGACCCGCAAGGACCAGGGUCACGAGAGGGGCGGAGGACCAGUCAGGACGAGGCCAAGUAUGAAGGAAAGGAUAAUAGCCACAAGGGAAUGCCUAGCAAGAAGGGGAAGGACAAAGACGACCCCCCAGUGGCAGGAGCAGAAAACGCUAUGACCCCACCCGCCAUCGAUAGCGAAACUAGCAGACUGCCCACCACGCCGAAAGUAAUAGGGGCGUGUGACGGACUCUGGAGCCUUAGGGAAAGAGUGCUAGGAUGGUUCGACCCAGAAGGAGCGCCGAAAACCAGGGAGAAGCAGAGGGAAAGCAAGGAAGGGGAAGGGACCAGUGCAACCGGAGAAGCGGGUGGCUCCGAAUAUGGUCUCAAGAGGGUAGUCGCCACCCUCACCAGAACACUAAAUAAGAACCAGGGGUAUCUCGCAGAUGCAAAGAAGAAACUCACUUUCGAUGGGGCCAACAUUACGAAGUUUCUAAUAGACUAUGAGAACCUAGCAGCCUUACUGAAAUGGACGGAAGAGGAAAAAAUGGAGCACCUAGGGCAGCACGUGUCGCUAAGCUUGGGAAGGGACAUUAUGGCCAUCGUCAUCUCCAGUGGAUCCUGGAAAGAAACCAGGAAUGAGAUAAUGAGGAAAUACCUGAAGGCAGAGAAAAUGGCAAUAGAGGCCGAAUUAGCUGCAGUCCAGAGGAAAACCUAUGCGACUUACAACGAUUUCCUAAGGGCAUUUACGUUAGUGGCGCUGCGAAUUCCCGGGGUCACUCUAGCAGCACUCUGUUUUAAUGACGAGGUAGGACGGCCCUUCAUCUUAGAAACAGAUGGGAGACCGCUGACAGUUGGAGGAGUAUUGAUACAGAGAAGCGAGGAAGGCAAGGAAAGGCCAAUCAAAUUUGAAAGUAGGACCCUGAAUUCGGCAGAACUGCGGUACUCACAGUUCAAGAAGGAGGUCUUAGCGAUUCUGCAUUGUCUUAAGACCUUCCAGGCAUACCUGUUCGAAAAGCAAUUUAUCCUAAGGAUCGAUCCUACCAACGUCGUUGGGGCCCUAAAGAACAACAAGCCUAUAGACCCGACCGUUGGCAGAUGGAUAGGCUUCAUAUGGCAAUUCGACUAUAAGGUCGAGCGGAUUGCGGGGCUUCGAAACAGGGCAGAUGGGUUGAGCAGGGUAUGUAUCACGCCAGAAGGAGUAGAGGACGUGGAACCAAUCGACGCCUUCCUGGAGUAUGAAGGAGGGACCCUUGUGGUGGAUAAUGAGAUGGCAGAUCCGACAAUUACAACAGGUCAGUUGCUGAUUCAGACCUUGGAAAAAGGCGCACCUCCAGUAGUUGCAGAACUCAGGGAAGGACCAGCCACCACGAUCAGGCGUAAAGAGGAGAAGGACUCGUGGGGAGCAGAAGUAGGGGCCAGAGAAGAGCUGAUGGCGAUGGCCGUGGAAGGGGGACGGGACGCCGUGAUGACAUUGGCCGAAACCUGGGCACAAAAGGAGUGUCAGUACCUAGUCAACCUCACUCGGGAGGAGCAAGGUACGGAUCAGAACAAACAUGAAUUCUUCCUCAUACAGAUGUACGAGGGCGUCUUCAAAGAAAUCGGUCUGCUGCUUGUAGGAAACAAACAACCCACAGAAGUCAGUCCCAAGGCAAGGGAGGAAGUAGAAAAGCAUGUCCUAAGAAACGGCCACCUGUUCAAGAAAGACGAAGGGAUGAUGCCUAGUCGCGUCGUUUGUGGGAGGUCUAGGCAGUUGGACGUAAUUCAGGCAAUGCACGAUGGGCUAGCUGGAGGUGAUCGGUCGUCUAAGGGGACACUUGCAAAGAUCGUGCCCCUGUACUUCUAGCCAGGAAUGACAGGCAUGGUCGCGACGUACUGUCAGACGUGUCUGAUAUGUCAAGAGAGGAGCUCCGUACGAGUUUACGAGCCCCUUAGACCCACUA